AUGGCUAAAGCAAGUCUCACCCUUUUCUUCCUGCUCUUGUCCUACUUCUCAGCGCCGUUUUGGACGUUAGCGGAUGAACCGAAGACAUGGUGUGUGGCUAAACCUUCAUCAGAUAAUACAAUCCUUCAGCAAAACAUAAAUUUUGCAUGUUCCAAUGUGGAUUGUAGUAUCUUUCAAGAGGGCUGUCCUUGCUUUUCACCAAACAAUUUGAUGAACCACGCUUCUAUUGCCAUGAAUCUUUAUUACCAAUCUAAAGGAAGGAACCCUUGGAAUUGCCACUUUGGUAAUUCUGCCCUCGUUGUCUUGACUGAUCCAAGUUAUGGCAGCUGCAACUACGACUGAAGUCAUGGUUAGGAAAAGCAACUCAGGAGGAGACUUUUGUUGAAUCAUAUAUAUAGAUGUCUAAAUCUUGUUUAAUCAUUAGAUAGUUGCCGGUUUCUCCUAUUAUGAUUACCAUUUUGUUGCAGUUUUAGCUCCUUCCUUCAUGUAUGGCUUUUUAGUUCUUACUUUUCUUUGGGCCCUUGCAAUUGAAAUUGCAAUAGGCCUUCUGUCCAGGCUGAAUCAUAGUAGCUGGUCCAAUUGGUUAA